UUGCUUUGAUACCCUUUUUUUUCUUUUCCUUCUCCUUUCAACUUCAUUCCCUUCGUCAGGCCUGUGGCCGUUCCCUUCCUUUCGCUGGUCGAUUCUGCGCACUCCUUUCUUGUUCCUGUUGAACAGACAAAACAUACAGACAUACAGACACACAGACACACUCCUUUGUCUAGGUCGUGAUAUUCAUUCCCUCGGUUGACCGUGACUCCAAGACUCAAGAGCAAGACUCUUGUGAUACGAUCCUUGUAUCCCAUUCCUAAACGAUAUCAAACCGCUUGCAACCAACGCAGCCCAAAAAACAGACACUCAUCACCCAAGAUGCAUUUCCAAUCUCUCUCCCUCCUCGCCAUGGCCAUCUCCUCCGCCAUGGCCACUCUCUCCCCAAACAUCCCCGGCAUGAAGGUUGUCUGGCAGGAGUCGUUCGUUGGUGAGCAAGGCGACAUGGUCGACCUCACCCAAUGGAACGUCAUGACCGACCUCCACAACAACCAGGAGCUGGAGACUUACACCCAGUCCAGCUCCAACAUGCAGCUGUCUGGAGGCCAGACUCUCCAACUUGUCCCCCAGCAAGCUCCCACGGGCGAAUGGACCUCUUCCCGCAUCGAAUCCAUCCAGUCUUGGGCUCCUGCCCCUGGCAAAACCAUGCAGGUCCAGGCCGCUCUGCGUGGCGGCCCCAGCCCCCUUGACACGAAGCAGGGCAUGUGGCCUGCCUUCUGGAUGCUGGGCGACUCCAUGCGCCACGGCACUCCCUGGCCUCUCUGCGGAGAGCUCGACAUCUUCGAGCAGAUCAACGGCCAGCUGACGGGCUACGGCACCGCCCACUGCGAUCACACCGGCGGUGGUGCCUGCAACGAGCCCUGGGGCCUGGGCCAGAGCAUCGCCAUUCCCCAGGACGACGAAUUCCACACCUGGGCCCUCAAGAUCAACCGCUGCUCUAACAACUGGCAGACGGAGACGAUCGAGUGGUACCUCGACGGCAACCUCUUCCACACCCUCGUCGGCGCCCAGUUUGGCGACGAGGGCCUCUGGGCAACGCUUGCACACUCCCCAAUGUACAUCAUCCUCAACCUGGCAGUUGGUGGUACAUGGCCCGGCGACCCUAACGAGGCGACUUUGUCCGGCUGGGGCAACAUGUUUGAAGUUCAAUACGUUGCCGUCUACGAAUCCGCCUAAGAGAUGUUAGCUCGACGAACAAGGGAGGAAUAUACGAAAAAGAAAAAGACGGGGCAAAAAAAAAGAAAAAUUUGAAUUUGGAUAGAUAUGAUACAGGGCGCUUUUAUGAUGAUGCACAUGUCAUGACAACUUGUCAACAUGUCCCUACGCGGGACCCCAUUUUGAUUCACUGUAUAUAUAUUUAAGAUACCUAUGAACACGACUGUUAUG